CUCCAUCCCACUACCAUUUUGUUUCUAUUCCACGGGCUUCUCAUCCAAACAUCUUGAUCUUGCAGUCACACUAUGAAGGUCACAUUGAAGGAAUGGAAUGCCGUUGCCACCUGGCAUUGGGACAUGCCCGAGGACGAGGUGUGCGGUAUCUGCCGCGUCCAGUUCGACGGCACAUGUCCGACCUGCAAAUUCCCAGGCGAUGACUGCGCCCUUUUGAUUGGUAAAUGCGGCCACUCGUUUCAUAUGCAUUGCCUCAUGACUUGGAUCCAACAAGACUCUUCGAAGGGAUUGUGCCCAAUGUGUCGUCAAAAGUUCGAGUGGGUCCAAGAAGGAAAAUAGUGGUCUCGGUGACUGCGUACUUGCAUUUCCCCUCGCGGCAGGCGUUCGGCGGGUUGAUUCAGUGAUACCCUUUCUUUGUCAACUUUUUAUAUCCUCUACUCCAGUGCUUUCCUCGGUCUUCUCCUCUGUUCAUAGAUGAUCAUCGCGCUUGGUAUCAGUCACGUUAACUUAGUGGCCAGCUACAUCAUACAUCUAUCUGAUCAUUG